GCGUUUUCUUCGUCAGUAAUAUCCACUGCUCGUCAUGCGUCGCCUACAUCACGGAGAUCUUUUCUGAGAUCGCAGGCGUUCGGAGCGUCGACGUUUCCAUCCUGACGUCCCAAGUCUGUGUUGUGCAUACCACUGAGACGACCCCUUCAAACCUCGCCACGGUCUUGAUCCAGGCGGCGUUUGAGGUCCACCACGUCACUACGGAGGAUGAGAGAGGUAUGACGGUGUCGGAUUUUGAUACAACCUCGUCCCUUCCUCGAGACACCAUGCUUUUCACAACCCAGCAGGACAACCAUUCGAAAGGGGAGCCACAGAAUCGACACAUCGCAAACUGUGACGCGUGUCGAAAGGAGGAGCUGAAACGUGGUUCAGUCAUCAGCUCGUGUGUGUCUAAGGUUGCGUCAUUCCAGGCGGUCGAAGCUUCCAGGUUCAAAGCCCGCGUGAGCAUCGGCGGGAUGAGUUGUGCGUCAUGCGUUAAUACUAUCACCAACGAGCUCAACCAGCUGGAUUUCGUCGAGGAUGUGGUAGUCAACUUGUUGACCAAUAGCGCAACGCUGGUUUACCAUGGGCCCCAGAAGAACUCGGGAAAACUGGUGGAUCAGAUCGAAGAUAUGGGGUUCGAGGCUACUCUUGAUGAGGUGGAAAGAUUGAGCGAUUCAUCAACUUCUGAGAAGACUCCUAUGUACACGGCUGAGAUUGCCAUAGGUGGCAUGACUUGCGGUUCAUGCUCCGGCGCGGUGACUCGGGGUCUUGAGGAGUUGCCUUUCGUCAAAGAGGUUUCGGUGAAUCUGUUAUCGCAUAGCGGAAAGGUCGAGUUCGAGGGCCAGGAUAACGUCGACUUGAUCGUGGAAAAGAUUGAGGAUCUGGGAUAUGACGCUUCCAUUACUAGUGUGCACCCCCAGGCUUCGAAUCCCAAAAAGGAUGAGGUCGUCAGUCGAACAGUUUCCAUCCAUGUGGAUGGUAUGUUCUGCCACCACUGCCCUGAGAAGGUCCUUGGAUCCUUGAAAGGCAUGCCAGGCAUAGAAACCGACGACGCGCUUUCAGUCAAAAACCCCGUCCUUCGAGUCACCUACAAGCCAUGCCCUCCCACGCUUACCAUCCGAAGUAUUAUCGAUGUCCUCAACAAAGCACACCACGCUUUUACCGCCUCUGUCUACCACCCUCCUAGCAUCGAAGACCGUUCAAGAGCGAUGCAGUUGCACGAAAGGCGGCGGCUACUAUCUCGUCUACUUUUCGUUCUCAUUGUCGCCAUCCCGACAUUUUUGAUCGGCAUCGUGUUCAUGAGUCUAGUCUCCACCGACAAUCAUGUUCGAAAGUAUUUGGAAGGAUCGAUCUGGGCAGGAAAUGUCUCCCGUAUCGAAUGGGCGCUCUUCAUCAUGACUACACCGGUCAUGUUUUAUGGAACGGAUAUCUUCCACGUUCGUGCGGUGAAGGAAAUAUACUCUCUUUGGCGACCUGGUAGUCGAGUGCCGAUUCUCCGGAGAUUCUAUCGAUUUGGGAGCAUGAAUCUUCUCAUUUCCGCCGGCACAAUGGUGGCUUACGUAUCGUCGCUCGCCGUUCUCAUCAUCGACGCCGUCGUCGCUAAGCCAUCCGACAACACACAUAGCAUGACCUAUUUUGAUUCGGUCGUUUUCCUAACCCUCUUCAUCCUCGCUGGUCGGUUUAUCGAGGCGUACAGCAAAGCUAAGACCGGAGACGCCGUUGCCUCUCUUGGGAAAUUGAAACCGUCCGAUGCCUUGUUGGUCGUCAGCAGCGAUAAUUCGGGAGACGACAUCCAACGAACCGGCCUUGACUUGCUUGAACUCGGCGACAUGGUCAGCAUACCUCACGGGUCUUCACCCCCAGCAGAUGGAAUUAUUGUGGACGAUGGCUCCUAUCAAUUCGAUGAAAGCUCCUUGACGGGAGAAUCGAAGCCGGUCAAAAAGUCAAGCGGUGAUCCAGUAUACACCGGCUCUGUCAACGUUGGUCAGCCCGUGAAGAUCAAGGUAACUGCCCUUGGCAGUGCAUCAAUGCUUGACCAGAUUAUUUCCGUCGUGCGCGAAGGUCAAAGUAGACGUGCACCCUUAGAACGGGUCGCGGAUAUGCUCACCUCGCAUUUUGUGCCCAUCAUCACCCUCAUCGCCAUCUCGACCUUUGUGAUUUGGCUGUCCUUGGGUUUGUCGGGUGUUCUUCCGACAGACUACUUGGAUGUGGCACAUGGUGGCUGGGUCUUCUGGAGUCUGGAAUUUGCGAUUGCGGUCUUUGUGGUAGCCUGUCCUUGCGGACUUGCACUGGCGGCUCCCACGGCGCUUUUCGUUGGCGGCGGACUGGCUGCCAGACAGGGAAUUCUUGUCAAGGGCGGAGGCGAAGCAUUUCAAGAAGCCAGCCACCUUGACGCUAUUGUUUUCGACAAAACCGGCACUCUCACAGAGGGAGGUAGUCUAGCGGUGUCUGAUCAUGAGGUGCUUCUCACUGACUCUGAACAUUUGGAAGUCGCCUGGACUCUGGCUCAAAAGCUCGAAGAAAGUAGCACUCACCCAAUUGCUCGGGCAAUAACAGAUUUCUGUCGUCAACGAUGUUCUAUCACCAUCCUCAGCUCCGAUAUCGAGGAAAAGCCUGGAAUGGGAUUGAGAGGCACUUUCAGCGUGCAAAAAGACAGCGUUACUACGGUUAAAUAUGAAGCAGCAAUCGGCAACCAGCGUCUGCUGCAGAGUAUGUCGCCUCAAUACGAUGAUGACCAUUUGAACAGUCUCCUGUCUAAAUACCAAACGUCUGGAAAGUCCACUGCGAUCUUAUCAAUGCGCCAGAUUUCAGACUCAACCUCUGAACAUAUCCAACCUGCCAUCGUCUUUGGGAUCUCCGACACCAUCCGCCACGACACGGUGCAAGUGAUCUCGAAGCUCCAGAAGCGCAAAGUCAAUGUCUUCAUGUGCACCGGUGAUAACCAGAUCACCGCCUACGCCGUCGCCGACAUGAUCGGCAUCCCACGGUCCAACGUCAAAGCAAACGUCACUCCAGCCGGAAAAGGCGAGUUCGUCCGCCAAGUACAAGACGGGCUCGUCCUAUCCGGGUCUCCUCGCAGCGACUCCGAAGCUGAAAGUCAACGGAACGAGAACGAGAGCAGAAAUGUCCGGCAGUCGCGCUCCAUCGUCGCCUUUGUCGGUGACGGCGUCAACGACUCGCCCGCCCUCGCCGCCGCAGACGUCAGCAUCGCUAUGGCCUCGGGCUCCGACGUCGCCAUGAACUCCGCCAGCUUCAUCCUGUUGAACUCGGAGCUGGACACUAUUCUCCAGCUGGUAGUGCUCAGUCGUCGCGUCUUCACUCGUGUGAAGAUGAACUUCUGCUGGGCCGUCGUAUAUAAUAUGAGUCUUGUCCCUAUCGCCGCCGGCGUUCUGUAUCCUAUUGUGAACGGACACACGAUGCACAUGGGUCCCGACGGCGGAUCCUUUAUGGUGAAUACUCACUGGCGACUGAGUCCAGUGUGGGCGGCUUUGGCUAUGGCCUUGAGCAGUAUCUCCGUUGUUCUUAGUAGUCUUGCGUUGGGCAUUCAGUGGCGGAAGAUUGGGAAGUGGUUCUCAUUCGGUUUGGGUAGUAAGUGAUUUGGGAUACUACCAUCUACUGAUACUAUUCUCAUUUAUCUUGCUAUCUCUUUAUAUGAUAGCUCUUGCUUGUUGCUGGGUUUAUGAUUUAUUUUAGCAUGACGUUGCUUGAUUCCCCCUGCUGGUAUUUAGGGUCGUAUUAUCUACGGUAUUGGGUGGGCGAAUAUAUAACUUUCAGGUGCC